ACUAGGCACAAAGUCCUCUGGCCUAGCGCAGGAAAAUAUUACAUCCUACCCUACUCCGUACAAAUGGUCCCUUGAUAGAGCUUGGUCUGCCUGAGAGACGUGUAUGUCCUUGUCAGGAGCAUGCUUUUAGAAGUCUUGCCCAGAAUCCUUUCUGGCUACCCUUGACCCUUCCCCUUCUCACCUCUCCUUUUCCUUCGUUUAUCUCCGUUUGUCUCCUUUGUGCGUGUUUACAUCAUGUCCCAUCAAGGGCCAUCCAAACCACCCUUCCGCCCUAUUGCCCCAAGGACAGCGCCGGGCAGCCCUGCUACAGCUCCUGCUGAGGAACCCAAGGUGAAAAGAGCGUCAGCAGCUUGCGGACAGUGUAAAAUACGACGGACAAAGUGCAGUGCUGAUAUCACCGGAACCCCCUGCACGGAAUGCGCUUUACAUAAUCGCAAUUGCUUUAUCGAUGAAGGUGCCGACAAACGCCGCAAGAUCUCCGUCAAACGUACCGAGGAGGAGUUGAGAUAUUACCGUGAAUUUGUCGAGCAACUGCUCAAGGCAAUCCGGCAAGGCAAACACUCAGAUGUGGAUAUAAUUGUGAAUGCCAUCCGGUCGGGGGCAUCACAGGAAGAGAUUCGCUCUGUGAUUGCCCACUGUUUGGGUCAGUUCCCAAACGAUAAUGAUCCCGGGAAGAAGCCGGGUAACGUGGCCAACGAUCUCACGAAUAACGAUGCAUCGACGAGUACGACCCCAGACGGCAGAUGACGACCUUUCGGAUCGAUCGAGUGCUCCAUUUACAACACACGCGACCGAAUAAUUAAUAUGACGUUAUAAUCAUCUUCACCCAUACACCUUACUUCCUUUCUUGCCUUCAAAUGUGGUCAUGUCGAAAGGAUCUUCCCGCCUUGUGAGGCUGUUGGAAGGGCAAGGAUCCAUCGACGGUCAAACAUGAUUAUUGGGAAAGCUUAGCCGUCUCGCAGAAAAAGAGACCACAUGACGUGCAUCUU